GAGAUACACACAGAUACAGAGCGAUAGAUAUAAAGGCAGCCAGCCAGCUCAGUACCUCUCUCACAGCGACACUGGUCAGGAACUGGCAGGAGUUCCAGCAGAAACAAAGAACCAUGAAGGGCUUUACCGCUGUCCUCACCGUGCUCCUGAUCGUGGGAUCCCUGGUAGAUUCCCUGAAACAGGUCCCUGACAAGAGCCAAUGGGAAGAUGCCGUUGAGAAAUUCUGGACGUUUAGCCAUGAUCUCGCUCAGUCCACCCAUGGGCUGCUCCAGCAACUGCAAAUCGCCGAGGUGGACAAGCAACUCUCUGCCAUGAUCUCCGACUGCAUGUCUGAGCUUGAGAGCUCUGGGGCGGGUCUUCAGGCUGAAUUGGGACCCUACGCCGAGCAGUUGGGCUCCGACUUGCAGGAGGCGAAGGAUCGUCUGCACCGUGACCUGGAGGAGAUGCGCUCCAACAUGGUGGUCUACAUGGACGAGGUCAAACUGGUCACCAAACAGCACCUGACGGAGUGGCGCCAAACUGUCGGCUUGUAUCUCCGCAAGUACCGCAAGAGGCUCAACCGUGACCAGGCCGCGAUCCGCGCCAAGUUCCAGGAAUUGUGA